AUCAGAUAUUGUAUUGUAUAAAUAUAAACCGAUAUAAAAUACACAAAAGAUUUUUCUAACAUGUAUCGUGCUUCAUAUCAGAAGGGAUUCCUAACCAUACUUUAUAGCGUGGGCAGCUCCCCGCUGGACAAAUGGUCCACAUACACUAAGAAUGGUUACAUAAAACGUAUUUAUGAUGAAGACAUCAAGUCACUGGUACUAGAAAUUAUGGGCUCCAAUGUGUCAACCACAUUCAUACACUGCCCCAGCGAUUGCAAGGCCGAGCUGGGCAUCAAGCUGCCCUUCCUAGUGCUUCUCAUCAAGAAUAUGCACAAAUAUUUUUGCUUUGAAGUCAAGAUUCAGGACGAUCAACGUUUUAUGCGUCGCUUUCGCGUGUCCAAUUUCCAGAGGAAGACAUCCGUGAAACCUUUCUGCACGGCGAUGCCUAUGGGCAUGUCACCUGGCUGGAAUCAGAUACAAUUUAAUUUGGCUGAUUUUACACGACGCGCCUAUGGCUCUAAUUAUUUGGAGACUGUCUCGGUGCAGGUGCAUGCAAAUGUGCGCAUUCGUCGCAUCUAUUUCACCGAUAAACUGUACACGGAAGCCGAACUGCCCAAUGACUAUAAGCUACUGGGCAAGCCGAAGGAUAUAAAGAAGGAGAAACAAUUUAAAGUUCCGCCCACGGCGCGUCCACCAUCGCCAUUGAAUACGGGCCGUGCCGAAGUCACUGUGAAAACCGAAGAGGUUAUCCAGAUCCAAGAGCUGGAAACGGAAAUGGAAGUGCCACCACCACCACUGGAUGAGAAACAAUCGAUGCCCGAAACCGUUGAAACCGAACCACCGCCAGUCACCUCUGAGGAGCCAGCGACACAAACCGAAGCGUACUAUUAAAAAUAUAUAUUUUUAUGUUUUAUGUUUGAGUUUCUGUUUAAUGUGUGCAUGCAACUGGAGCAGGAGACGUGGCCAAGUAACAACUAAAUUAGUUAGUCAUAAUCAUUGUAAUGUGUAGCUUAUUAAAUUUAAAACUAUUAGCUAUUGACUUAAGGGGUAAUCAUUUCAAAUGUAAUCUUAAGGAAAAUACACUUAAUAGCCUCUGAAUAAACUGUUUUCAAAAUGG